UCACAUGAGCCAAUCAAAAUCCAUCAAGUGAGGAAGCUUAGAUCCUCUCCUGGUAACUCGAUCACUGCCCGACAAAUCAUUUUCUUCGACCCUUGCUUGUACCAAACAGUUCACACGUUUCCGUUUCUGUCCCCACCUCAAAUAUCUUCUCCGCAUCUCUCCCUCUCUCUCUCUCUUCAUCUCUGCUUUUACUUUGCUUUGCUCUGUUUAUGUUUCUGCCUGUUCUUUCAAAGCUUUUCUACUGAAGAGGCUUCUAGCCAUGAAAAUUGCCAAAGGAAAGAGGGAACCCAGGAAGGACAAGAAGGAAGCAUUAAAGCCUGUAGAUGAUAGGAAAGUUGGAAAGCGAAAAGCUGCUUUAAAGGUUAAUAAGAGUAGCAAAAAACCGGCAAACAAAGAUAAAGUUGGGAAGAAUGAUCCUAACAAGCCAAAGAGGCCUCCAAGUGCUUUUUUCGUCUUUCUAGAAGAGUUUAGAAAGACUUACAAACAAGAGCACCCCAACGUGAAGGCCGUCUCAGCUGUGGCAAAAGCUGGAGGAGAGAAAUGGAAAUCUCUGUCUAAUGCAGAGAAAGCUCCUUAUGAAGCCAAAUCAGCCAAAAGGAAAUCAGAAUAUGAUAAGCUUAUGACUGCCUACAACAAGAAACAGGAAAGUUCAGAUGAUGAUGAUGGUAAUGAAGAGUCUGAGAAAUCAAAAUCUGAAGUGAGUGAUGAUGAGGAGAGUGCAGAGGAGGACGAGGACGAGGAUGGGGAAGAUGAGGAUGACUGAAAUUAAGAUGUGUUUCCAAUUCAUACAGUCCAAAAAAAUCCUGGAUUUUGUAAGAUCAGUAUGUUUGUGUAACAGAAUGUGUGUGCUUUGUUUUUUGAAUUGGCAAAAGCUGUAUGUUGCAGCUAGCUCUUGGUCCUGCUGCUAAAUAAGAAUUCCUGCAAGGCUACUUCUGGCUUUAUUGUGCA